AAUAUCCAUUUACUUUAGGAAAUCCAUCUUACUGAACCAGGACGCUGCUCUUGCAUGUAUUACUAUUUGUCUAACUUUAAAGGAUAUGGGGAACAUGGGAUGGGUGUGGUGAUCAACGUCAGUUUCCCACCUGUGACCAGUCUGUGCUGAUAGAUUGCCCCGGGGUCGCCAUGCGGCGCGUGCUGCUGGCGGUUAGUGGGAGCGUGGCGGCGGUUAAACUGCCGGAGUUGGCGGCGGGAAUCGCCGGUCUGCCCGAGGUUGAAUUAGUAGUGGUGACCACAGAACAUGCCAAACACUUUUAUGACUCCAAAGAUGUCUCUGCUAAAAUAUAUAGUGAUUCAGAUGAAUGGGAGAUGUGGAAGCAGAGGUCAGAUCCUGUCCUACAUAUAGAUUUGAGGAGAUGGGCAGAUCUAAUGGUGAUAGCACCUUUGGAUGCCAAUACGCUAGGAAAAAUAGCCACCGGAAUCUGUGACAAUUUAUUGACUUGCAUAGUUAGAGCCUGGGAUCUUAAGAAGCCACUACUCUUCUGCCCAGCCAUGAACACUGUAAUGUGGGAGCAUCCGAUUACAGCGACACAGGUCCAAACACUGAAGAGCUUUGGUUAUAUUGAAGUUCCUUGCAUUGUAAAGACAUUGGUAUGUGGAGACAAAGGUUAUGGGGCAAUGGCAGAGAUAUCAACAAUUGUGGAAAAGGUAAAAGAGUGUUUGGAACAGUCUCCAUAGCCGCUGAUGAUGGGAGAAGCAGAGCCAACUUUCAAACAUCCACAAUUUUUCACUUCAUUUUAUUUAGAACUUUGUUCUGAAUGUAAACUACUUCAACAUUGGGAUUAUAAAUAACAAACUGAUUCUAAUCAAAUUAUGCAAGCCUUGUUAUUACUCAAAGUUGGUUACUGAAACUAAAGUGAUGUUGUAAAUUGUUUUGCUGCUGCUGGGAAACCGCCUGCACUGUCUCAAAAAUUCACCAGAAAUCUGUUAGCUUCUGUGAAUGUUCCUCCCUGCGGUGAGAUGUUGCCACAGGUGCCUGCCCAUGUUUUGUCUUCACCUGUAAAAGAAGCAUACUUCAGACUGACACCAUGUAGCAGUGAAUAUCAUAACUGCUGCACCCUUGAAUUAGAUUAGAUUACUUACAGUGUGGAAACAGGCCCUUCGGCCCAACAAGUCCACACCGACCCGCCGAAGCGCAACCCACCCAUACCCCUACAUAUACCCCUUACCUAACACUAUGGGCAAUUUAGCACGGUCAAUUCACCUGACCCACACAUCUUUGGACUGUGGGAGGAAACCGGAGCACCCGGAGGAAACCCACGCAGACACGGGGAGAACGUGCAAACUCCACACAGUCAGUCGCCUGAGGCGGGAAUUGAACCCAGGUCCCUGGCACUGUGAGGCAGCAGUGCUAACCACUGUGCCAUUGUGCCGCCCCUAUUGUUGGACAAUUUGGGCAUAUGUGAUGUCAGGUUUAUGCCAGUAGAAGAAGGCAUUAGCAGUUUAAUACAAUGGAUUAAUGCAUUCAGUCUGAAUUAUAGAAUGACACUUUUUAUAAGUAAUAUUUACAGAGGAACCUUGAUUAUCCGAAUAUCGGUUAUCUGAAUAUCGGAUUAUCUGAAGAGGUGUCGAGGUCCCGAUAGAAACAUUAUGUCAAAGAGCUGUUGUAACCUUGAUCUUGUCUUUUGUUUACAGGUACAAUGAUUAAAAACAAACUUGACUCACUGAAAUGCUGCCAAGAACAGUCCUGGACAGUCCAGGCAGCUCUCGCUCUCAUUCUCUCUCCCGCCUAUCUUGUUCGGAUAAUCGAGAUUCCUCUGUAUUAUGUGAGGCAGUCGCUAUGUAUUGUUAGAUCGGACACUUGUUCAUGUGCUCCAAUUCUAUCUUUCAUUAUCUGAACACAAGUGCUUCAUUUUAUAAUGGUCUCAUGUAUGUGAUGACAGCUUGCCUGAUUGUAAAGAAUUUUAAAAUAAAAGUAGAUUUUCCAAUUGA